AUGCUCCUCAUCCUCCCCUUCCUCUCCACCCUCACCCUCGUCCUCGCCACCCCUCACCCUUAUCCUCCCACCCCCCUCCCCUGGCACCAAACCACCCACAUCAUCGCCUUCGGCGACUCCUACACCUACAUCCAAGGCCUCCACGGCCGCCAAAACUACAGCUUCAUCGGCGACCAACAAAACUUCUCCUUCAACGCCUCCACCCUCCUCUCCAACCGCAUCGUCCAGAACCAAACCGCCACAGCAGAAGGCGGGCCCAACUGGCUCGAGUUCUUGACGGGAUGUGGUGUCCGUCGCGGCUUGACGGAUCCGCGGAAGUGUACCAGGCAGCUGUGGGAUUUCGCGUUUGCGGAUGCGGAUAUUAGUGCGGAAUACGCUGAGACGCCGUUGCAUCAUGAGUUUACGGUCAGUUUUGUUAGGCAGGUUGAGCAGUUCCGAUUAUACGGUAGCCCUGUGCUGGGGGGAUAUCGUGGAGAAGGAGGGGACUUUGGUGGUGGUGUGGAUUGGGAUUAA